AUGUCGGACCAUAUAGAGGCAGACACAGCAAUUCUGCCCGAUACAAAUUAUGUGUCACCAGAAUUAAAUAGCGGUAGCACUCACUUGUACUCUACUACAAUGAAAAGGGGGACUCUUGAUGAGUCCAUUAUGGAGACCCUUAAGAGAGAUAUCUUCGACAUAAAUUCGAGGCUAAAACAAGUGGUAUACCCACACAUGCCUACAAGACAACUGUUAGCAACUACGGAAGAGGAUGCAGAUAGAGGAAAUGCUGAAUUGGAACAAAUAUCGUCACAUUGUGACCUGUGGGCACCACUCUGUUUUACAAUAUUGUACUCUCUAUUUGUAUCACACGCCAAGUCGCUCUUUUCCAGUAUAUUUGUUCUCUCCUGGAUCACAGUCUGUGUGAUGGCACUCCACUUGAGAUUAGUCAAGCCCUACGAAAAUGUAGCGUUAAUAUCGUACAUUUCAAUCUGUGGGUACUGUCUAUUCCCUCAGGUUAUCAACGCCAUCCUAUCCCAGACCGUCUUUCCCCUCCUAUUGAAAAUCUCGGGAAAUAAAGGCUGGAUCAUAAGAUCAAUAAUCAUCUGUAAACUAGUCUCAUUCGUCUUCUGUAUGAUCUGGUCAUUGACAGCGGUAUCUCUAGCAACAAAAAGCAAAGGCUUCGUUACGAUAUUCCCACUAGCAAUCUGUCUAUUGGGAAUCGGUUGGCUAGCCACAAUGUUGUAA